AUGCAGCUUGAUUCCUUGCAGAAGAAGUAUGAAGAGGCACUAGACGAACUGACGGAAAUCGAGGAAAAGGAGAGAGCUAAGAAAAAAGAGGCCAAAAAGGACCCGUCAAAGGCGAAAAUCGAGGAACUUACGAAAAUUCUGGAGAUGAAGAAGGCAAGAAUUAAGAAUCAGAGCAAAAGUAAUGUUGCGCUCGAGAAGAAACAUAAGCAGACGACGAAUGAAUUAAAGAAGAAGAAUUCCGAAGUUUUGAAUCUGAACGAGAAACUGAAAUCUUCCGAAGAGAACUUGAAAAUCAAGAAUGAAAUGAUCGUCUUUUUGAAGGAAAAAACGAAGAUUCAGCAAGAGUCAAUCGAAAGUCUUCAAAAGCAGAGAGAAGAAGAAGCCUCCAGAGAUCAACAUUCGAUCGAAAACAAGAAUUCAAUCAUCCAAGGUCUCCGAAAGGCUCUCAAAGAUGAAAAAGAGUCGAAAAAAGCCCACAAAGACCAUCUAGUCCACCUGAUUAUUGAAGCGGAAAAUGCAAGCCUGAAAGAAGAGAUUCAGGAUAGGCUCAACUUUUUUUUAAUAUAA